AUGGUAGACCAAAGUAAAUAAGAGUAAAUGAGAAAAGAGUUCGAGAAAAAGGUCGAACUCACUAGGAAGGAACUAGUUGGUAUUGCUAAUUUCAUUUCUGAGAAAGGUUUGAAGAUAAAGCAAGCUAGCGAUCAAUUCCAUAAGCUUGUGCUUGAGAAUAAGGACGAUAUUCUCAAGAUGUUCAAAGAGAUCAAGACCUUCCAAACUUUGGAAAAGAUAGAAGAUUCAAUCAGACUGGGCUAGAUAUUUAUCGACUUCAAGCUAUUGAUUCCUCUAGAGAGACAUGCUCAUGCCUAGGAAGAUGCCAAAAAGAAGUAUCCCAAGCAUCUAGGACCCAGCAGACCUCAAGCAUGGAAAAUGACUGACAAAGGAUUUUACUCUUGGAACACUCCUAAACCCACUAAGAAGCUAGCCAUCUUGCUUGUUGUCGGUAUUAUUAUUACAUUUGCUUUUAUGUGCUUCUCAAUCUGGCCAUUAUGGUUGAAAAUAGGCAUCUGGUAUUUUUCCUUCUAUACGCUAAUAAUCCUGAUGGGCUUUAUCAUUCUGAGAUUAGUUGUCUGGCUAGUACUAUUCCAUUUCGGUGUUGAUUUCUGGAUCCUACCUAAUUUCUUCAUUGAUUCGAAUGAUAUUAUGGACUCAUUUAGACCCAUGCUGAGUUUCGAAAGAAGAGAUGAUGAUGUGAAGAUGUUUAUAUUGAGAAUUGCUAGUGCAGUUGCACUCGUGUUCUUUGUGAUUUAAUUAGCUAAGGAGCCUGAAAACAUUGAUAGUUUGACCUCUUUCACUAAUGAAAAUUUGAAUGACUUAUUUAACUGGGGAAAUGAUAGAUUUGUGUUAGGUCAAUUACCAAGUCAAGGAGGUAACUCAACAAUGAAAAGAAAGAAGUCCCCUUAGGAAAUCUUCAUGGAAGCUAUUUUAGAGGACGAGUAAGAAAAGUCAGUAGAGACUCAAGAAGAGGAGAAGAAACCAGAGGAUAGUGAAUCAGCUAGUACUGAUGAUUCAACCACUACUGCUGGUGAUGAUAGUGAAUCUGAUGAUGUAAGUAAAUAAGAGGAAUAAAAGACUGAGAAAUUGUUAGAUAUCGAUACCUUGGGCUUAGAUGAAGAAGAGGAAGCUGAAAAAGUACAAUAAUAGGAAGCUCAGAAGGAAUCCUUAUGA